CAUGCCUGGUACUUGUUGCAGAGUGCUGACUUCACCUGAAGAAAAGAAGAGCCGAUUCUGAGCCAGGUUCAUCAUCCCUAUUUCUCGCCUCUGUUACAUAGCUGAGCAUUCUCGCAAUGAAUGUCCUACAGUUUAGCACUGUGGCUUGCGCUUUCAUCAGCCUUCUGUUCCUCCUCAUUGCCCUGGGCUCAGAUUACUGGUUGCAAAACAAUGUUUCCAACACUGGCCUGUGGGUAGGUUGUUUUCCCCAAGAUGGUUGUCAUUCAUAUGGGAUGGAUGUGCCAGAUUACUACCAUGCUACCCGAGCCUUCAUGUUCUUCGGGAUGAUUGCUGGAGCCGUCUCUUGCCUUACGCUUAUUGGCAAAUUUUUUGACUUUCAAUUUGGCUCCCUCUCCAAGACCAAGACCGCAGCUGUAGCCAGCCUUGUUGCAGCUCUUUGCGUCAUGAUUGCCAUGGCCACCUUCACAGGGCAGACAGAAGGAAAAGGCCCUUACGGAUGGUCUUUUGGCUUGGGCUGGGCCUCCUUUCCUCUCUUCCUUAUGACUGGUGCACUGGCUUUCCUCUUGGAUGGGUCAGCAUGAACAUGAGGGAAAGACUCUGCUACCAUUUCAGAUGACACCUGGAGC